CUCAGCCACAUCACCACCGCAGAUAUACGUUUCGAAGCCCCGCUUCCACAGUCCUGAGCAAUAGUCUUGGCAAAUAGAUGGCUGCAGUGGCUUCACAAUGGAUGCGUCUGGCCGCAUCGUCCGACUCCAUCCCAAAGUGCAGUUUGUGGCGUGGUUUGGGCACCGACAUAAAUACGCUGGCGGUCAAGACAAGCUCUGCGACCGAAGGGUGGUGCUGUCAGCAGCCCGACCAGCCACUGACAGCACUCGCCCGGAGCUUAUGCCGGUCGGUGAAAAGAGCAAAGCUCCUUUGCUAGACUAUAUGCACCUAUGCACCACUUCACAGGUCCAAGCGAUGCAUGGCUACUGGGUGCCGUAUCGAGUCCCAAGACGUCGCUGCUCCCCCAUCCCUCCACCGAGCCAUGUGAUCUGGCGCGUGUCUGUGAAGCUGGCCGGCUGUCGGCAAGACACGUUGCGAGAGAGAGGUGCGGUGGUGCAGCAGCAGGAGAAGGGUGAGACUACGUAUGCCCAGCAUCUCCCCCAGCCGGUUUACCGGGUUGCUGCAGUGAUGUGCAACGUGACUGCCCUUUGGAGUUGGGGUCGGAUGUUAUUGCAAUCAGUACUCCGUAGCGAUAAUGGGAAGCUCGACUGGACGGGGUAAUGAGCUG